AUGGCACCGCCGAAAACCAGAAGCCUCGCGCUCCCGAUUGCGCUCCAACUCGCUCUCUCAGCACUCGCUUUCUGGGCUCUCUGGGGCUUCCCGUAUCGUAAUGGGCUACUCAAGUUUCUCGGUGCUCAAGCGGAACCUGGCGCCGUCAUCCCUGGACCAGUCGCGGCGCCGAUGAGGCAAUCCUACACAGGAAUCGCUCCAGUCGACAAGCAAUUGACUGUCCUUGUAUCCUUCUUCUACACUGCCAUUGAUGGCAACCGUGCGGAUAUCUCAAUCUCGUUCCUCAGCUUGGGCUCGCACGUCAUUGCCGCUUGGGUUCUCAUCACACUCGAGGGUCUACGCGCGGGCAAUGAUGGAACGCUCUUGCUUGUCUCAACGACCGUAAUUGGCUUGGGAGUCGCAAUUAUUGGCUUUGCAGUUGUUGCACCACUCUUCUUCGCGUAUCAGCUCUAUGCUUCACCGACGGUCCAUAGCCCAACGGCUUACAAUCUGUCUCCAAAGCACCCACUGGCUGUUGCUCUGGUUCCAGUCGGAAUCAUGAUUGGUUUCGGGCUGCCAUCUUUGAUCAUGACUUUGCCAGCUCCGUCCGUGCUCUCAUUCGACACAAAACAGCUCUGGACUGGCAUUCAGCAGGGAUGGACAAUCUGGAUAUUGCUUGCCACGACAUUGCUUACCGUCGGGAUCUCCUACUUCAAUCCAGACAUCUACAAUCUGUCGACACCAGCGGCGCAAGCAAAGACCGUGAAGAACAUGCGCAGAGCCUACAUCUUUGCGCUAGCCUCCGCUGCAUCGGCACACCUGCUCCCACUGCUGAUCUGCGGGAUGGCGACAUUGUUCCCAGCACUGUUUGCCAUUCCAUACAAUGCGCAGCUCCAGGUCAGCAAUGUGUUCAGACUAGUCAAUAUCUUCGGUGACCUGAAAGCCGCGUCUCUAGCGGACGGUGCAUUGUGGUUCUUGCAAUGGGAUACUUUUGUCGGCGUCGUGAGCGUCUUCCUCUGGGCAUUCACGUUGCGAGCUGCGGGCAAACGGGAAGAAGCAACCACUCGGGACUGGAUCGUGGCGGUCUUGAAGGCACUGGCAGUCACUGCUGCUUUUGGACCGACUGCAUACGCUGUCAUCGCUGUCUGGUCGAGGGACGAGUUGGAGCUGCGCUUGGAGAAGGAGGGCAAGUCGACGGCUGACAAGAAGGACUGGUAA